GCCAGUCCUGAUCAUACCCAGCUCCGGUUCCAGCUCUGAUACCACCAUGUCUCUGACCAGGGCCGAGAGGACCAUCAUCGUGUCCAUGUGGGGCAAGAUCGCUGCACAGGCAGAUACCAUCGGUAUGGAGACCCUGGAGAGGCUCUUCGCCAGCUACCCCCAGACCAAGACCUACUUCCCACACUUCGACCUGCACCCCGGCUCUGCGCACCUGCGCUCCCACGGCUCCAAGGUGGUGGCCGCAGUGGGCGACGCGGUCAAGCACAUUGACGACAUCGCCAGCGCCCUGUCCAAGCUGAGCGAGCUGCACGCCUACAUUCUGCGCGUGGACCCUGUCAACUUCAAGCUCCUGUCCCACUGCCUGCUGGUCACCGUGGCCUCGCACUUCCCCGCGGACUUCACGGCCGACGCCCACGCCGCCUGGGACAAGUUCCUGUCCCUUGUGUCCAGCGUCCUGACCGAGAAAUACCGCUGAGCGCAGCCGAGGGACCCCAGAAGACAGGCUGCGACCUCU